AUGGGAUGCCGACUUUCACGCACAGAUUCUCUAGAUCGGAUCGACGAGAAGAGCGAACCCCAAGUGACAACCCCAUUGACCCAGAGCAACAACAAAGCUCAAACGAACGAGAAAAGAACGAAUGGGACGAGUGUUUUGACGAGAAGGGACACACCGCAGACAUUGCCGUUGAACGAGACAAGGACCGACCCAUCCACCAAUGGCACCACAACCGGCAUUCUUGCCUCGAAACCGAUUGGAGAAAUCGAGAGCGCGAGUCAAGCGGAUUUCUUCCGGAUGUUAGACGAGAAAAUUGCGCAUGGUCGAGUUCUCGACGAAACCCCAUCGGACAACGAA